ACUUCUCUUCCUAGAUCUUCUCCUUUCGAAAUGCGCAAGCAACUAGACCCACGAAUACAACAUCUUAUUAACAACAAUGUCAAGAAAAAUCAUCGCUCGUUCAUAGUUCUUGUUGGUGACAAGGGCAGAGACCAGGUCGUCAACCUGCAUUUCCUGCUCUCUCAGGCAAGGGUAUCUGCUCGUCCAUCUGUAUUAUGGUGCUACAAGAAAGAUUUGGGUUUUACAACGCACCGCAAAAAGAUGGAGGCAAAGAUCAAGAGGGAUGUCAAGAAAGGGAUCAGAGAGCCUAAUGAUCAGAAUCCAUUCGAGAUUUUCGUGACAGUCACUGAUAUACGAUAUACGUACUACAAAGAAUCACACAAAAUUCUUGGCCAUACAUACGGAAUGCUCAUUUUGCAAGACUUCGAGGCAAUAACCCCCAAUCUUUUGGCCAGAACCAUUGAAACGGUUCAAGGUGGUGGCCUCAUCGUACUUCUCCUCAAAACAAUGUCCUCCCUUCGCCAACUCUACACCAUGUCCAUGGACGUACAUUCUCGUUAUCGAACCUCUGCACACAACACCGUGACUGCGCGCUUCAACGAACGUUUCAUUCUCUCUUUAGGCUCAAGUCCAGAUUGCUUAUUUUUGGAUGAUGAAUUGAAUGUUUUACCAAUCUCACGAGGAAAGGAUAUCGUGCCUUGCGAGCCUGUUGCUUCAUCGUCAACGAGCAAGGAAGACACCGAGCUCAAAGAGCUGAAGGAUUCCCUAUCCGAUACCCCGGUCGCUGGGCCUCUAGUCCAGCUAGCUAAAACUACCUCCCAAGCACGAGCCAUCCUCACGUUCAUCGAUUCCAUCUCUUCCAAAACUCUUUCCUCGACCUGUACUCUGACUUCGUCUCGUGGGCGUGGUAAAUCUGCUGCUCUAGGAUUAGGCAUCGCAGCUGCCGUUGCUCAUGGCUACGCCAAUGUCUUCGUUACCUCCCCUACCCCGGAAAACUUGCAGACCGUUUUCGAGUUUAUAUUCAAGGGCUUCGACGUGCUUGGCUAUGAGGAACAUCUCGAUUACGAUAUUCUGCAGACUACGAACCCGGAAUGGGGAAAAGCCAUCGUUCGGGUUAACAUUUUCAAAUCUCAUCGGCAGACUAUUCAGUACAUACAGCCACAAGACGCACAUGUAUUGGGUCAAGCGGAGCUUGUCGUCAUUGACGAGGCAGCAGCGGUUCCUCUUCCCCUCGUUAGGGAAUUGAUGGGUCCGUAUCUAGUGUUUUUAGCCAGCACGGUCAACGGGUACGAAGGGACAGGACGGAGUCUGAGUUUGAAGUUGAUCAAACAACUUCGAGAGGAAGCGAGUUCUACAGUUGUUGGGAAAGACGUUGCUGGGACGAAGGAAAAGGAAGAUGCUGUUGUCCCUAUAAAGAGCAAAAAAUCCACUUCCGAUGUCGUCUACAAAUCUGGACCGAAAUCUGCGCAGCGCUUGUUGCAUGAAAUCAAACUCACGGUACCUAUUCGGUACAGCGAUGGAGACAAAAUCGAGUCGUGGCUUAAUACGCUGCUCUGUCUGGAUGUGACUCUUCCUUCCUCCUCCUCGUCAUUGCGUGCUGCUGGCUGUCCACAUCCAUCGACAUGUACAUUGUACCGUGUCAAUCGGGACACUCUUUUCUCCUUCCACCCAGCUUCGGAAGUGUUCUUACAGCGGAUGAUGGCGUUAUAUGUUGCAAGUCACUACAAAAACCAACCUAAUGACUUACAACUUAUGAGCGACGCCCCCGCCCACGAGCUGUACGUUCUUUUACCCCCACUAGACGAAGCCGAGGACAAUGGAAAGACUGCUGUUCUCCCGACACCAUUAGCUGUUGUACAGGUGGCGUUGGAGGGUCGAAUUUCAAAGGACGCCAUCAUGGAUGGGUUGAGCAGAGGUUUACGUGCUGGUGGAGAUAUGAUUCCCUGGCUUGUAGCUCAACAGUAUCAAGAAACCCGGUUUGCAGAGUUGAGCGGUGCAAGGAUCGUUAGAGUUGCCGUUGAUCCAGAGAUGAGCAACAUGGGGUACGGGUCUAGAGCAUUACAAGCUUUAAACGAGUUCUAUAGUGGUGAUUAUGUCAAUUUAGAUGAAAUAGAGAAAGCGGUGGAGAGUUAUCCUGACCCUGGUGUUAUCGAGCCCUCUACUUCUUUGUUAACCGACAAACCCACGGUCCGUUCCGCCAACGCUAUGCCUCCCCUACUCCAACGUCUGUCAGAAAUCAAACCAGCGAUGUUGGAUUAUCUAGGUGUAUCGUACGGGCUUACUGGAGGACUACUCCGAUUCUGGAAACGACUAGGUUAUGUCCCGUUGUAUAUCCGACAUACAACAAGCGACCUCACCGGGGAGCAUACGUGUGUCAUGGUCCGAGGGUUAAACAGCACUCCGGAAGGAGAGCUGGAAUGGUUAGGAGAAUUCGCUGUCGACUUCCGAACGCGAUUCCUCACACUACUCGCCUUCCCUAAGUUCCGCGAGUUUAGCUGUGUUCUUGGCCUCAGCGUUUUGGAAUCUAUAAAUCAGUGCGCGAACGUCAAGCAGAUCGAUACGAAGGGUGGUGGAGUCAAAGCCCUAACACCCACUCUCCUCCCCACUCUCCUCUCCCCAUUCGACUUGAAGCGCCUGGAAUCAUACGGCAACAACAUGCUGGACUACCAUGUCGUCCUCGACCUGUUACCUACAAUUUCUACUCUGUUUUUCCAGAGGCGGUUGAUAACCAAAGGCAGCAGUCCUAGUGGACCACACGGACCAUCGAGUGCAAGCGAAGAAAAGUAUUCAAGCGUAACAUUGAGUGCAGUACAGAGUGCAAUUCUACUGGGUAUGGGAUUGCAACUGAAGAGCGUUGAGGAUGUAGAGGCCGAACUCUCCCUUCCAGUAUCUCAGACACUAGCUCUUCUAGUCAAAGUCAUCAGGAAAAUCAGCAAACGCCUUAUGGAGAUCCAACGGGAAACCGUUGUAGUACAGGCUUCGGGUGCAAGUCCAGGGGUCGAUGGCAUAACUGCCGAUAUCAACAUUCCCAAACAACUAGCCUUGAAUUCCGUUUCACGGAGCAUAGAAGAAGAACUCGAAGCAGCUGGGUCGAAGGAGAAGGAGGAUAGAGAAACGAGGGAAAGACAAAGAGAGCUGAUCGAUUCGCUGGAUUUGAGAAAGUAAGUGUUCGUUCGCUAUCUCAUACGCCAUUGACGAAGGAUCGGUGGAUUGGACAGUUGCAGAGCAGCAGGUUCAACGAAUAUCCGGCGGAGGCGGUAAAGCCAACGCGCAGACCGUAGUUAGCGUACUCAAAACAUCUUCCUCGGGUACCAAACGAAAAGCUGAUACGACUGUUACGGACGGAGGAGGCCCCGAGGGGGGAGGGAAAGGGAAAAAGACGAGGAGAGGGGUUAAGAAAGCCAAGCGGUAGUGUGUGUAUUUGAUGCGUAAGAGGUAUUUAACUUCCCUUAGCGUUUGUAAACCUUUCCCCGAUGCUGCUGGGCCCUUUUCUCAUCAAAUUGAUCACUACCGAU